AUGUAUAAAAUAACUACUAUAUAUUUGUGGCUGAAAUCAUACCUUUCAUUUUUCAUCGGCUUAGAUAAUCUUGAUUUUCUCACCUUAAUACGCUUUUUUCAAUGUCGUUUACAAAACAAGCUAGGUUUGCAAGAUAUCCUGGACUUUUUUUGUAAUCUAUGUGGCCACAGUAUGGUUCGCACUUGCAACAUGGUAGAGGCUGCCCAAAAACAAAACCGCAUCACCUUUGGCAGCAUUUACGUGAAACUCCAUCCUCUUGUCAAACUUUGCACAGGAAUCGUGUGGGCCCCACGAGUGUGA